AGUCGCAGGUUAUCCAUCGGCUGGUGCAAAGAUCUACCGUCACUCUGCCACGUCUGGGAUCUUCCUUUAUAUAGUCGGGAGACUCAACAAAACCACUUUACUCAACGCGGAUCCAGAUUGUUCUCAUUUUCCUCUUUUUCCCCCUCUCUCCUUUUUUUCACCCCCCUGAUCAGGCUUAACCAUCCUGUGUUUUUGUAAAGGCAAUUGUUAGUGCGCAUCAUCGCGGGAGCCAAAAGGAGGUUUGCCACUGUUCCAUAGGAGACCGCGGGCUGCUGGAGCGUCAUGACAGCUGAGAAGAGCGGGCCCGUUAUAAACGGGAAACCAGAGGAUGGCAGAGACCCGGAAGGGUCCAGCUCCAGCCUAGAAAAGGUGCCGUACAAUGAGAGGGGCCAAUGGAACAACAAGAUUGAGUUUUUCCUGUCUGUGGCUGGAGAGAUCAUCGGGCUGGGCAACGUCUGGAGGUUUCCUUAUCUCUGCUACAAGAAUGGAGGAGGUGCGUUCUUCGUUCCAUAUGUCAUCUUCUUCGUGUGCUGUGGUAUCCCCUUGUUUUUCCUGGAGACUGCCCUGGGUCAGUUCACCAGUGAGGGAGGCAUUACCUGCUGGAGGAAAAUCUGUCCGCUAUUUGAGGGUAUUGGCUAUGCAACACAGGUGAUUGAAGCUCAUCUAAACGUGUACUAUGUAGUGAUCCUUGCCUGGGCCAUCUUCUACCUCUUCAACUGCUUCACCACCGAGCUGCCGUGGGCUACCUGUGGGCACUACUGGAAUACAGAGAACUGUGUUGACAGCUACGGAGAAAAUGCCACCAACAUUACGAACCCCAACACGUCCUCUCCAGUCAUUGAGUUCUGGGAACGCAGAGUGCUGAAGAUAUCAGAUGGUAUUGAGCACAUGGGGGGAAUGCGCUGGGAGCUGGCCAUGUGUCUGGCCCUGGCCUGGUUCAUCUGCUACUUCUGCAUCUGGAAGGGACCCAAGUCAACUGGCAAGGUUGUGUAUGUGACAGCUACUUUUCCUUACGCCAUGUUGUUGGUCCUGCUGAUCAGAGGAGUGACCCUGCCAGGAGCAUACGAGGGCAUCAAGUUCUACCUCUACCCGGACAUGUCACGUCUCUCUGACCCUCAGGUAUGGGUAGAUGCUGGAACCCAAAUCUUCUUCUCCUAUGCCAUCUGCUUGGGUUGUCUCACUGCUCUGGGAAGUUACAAUUCCUACAACAAUAACUGCUACAGGGACUGCCUCAUGCUGUGUUGUCUGAACAGCGGCACCAGCUUUGUAGCAGGUUUUGCCAUCUUCUCUGUAUUGGGCUUCAUGGCUUACGAACAAAAUGUUCCCAUUGAGGCUGUGGCAGAAUCUGGUCCUGGUCUUGCAUUCAUUGCAUACCCCAAGGCUGUAACUAUGAUGCCUCUGUCUCCACUCUGGGCCGGUCUCUUCUUCAUGAUGCUCAUCUUCCUCGGUCUGGACAGUCAGUUUGUGUGUGUGGAGAGUUUAGUGACAGCUGUGGUGGACAUGUACCCAGAGACCUUCAGGAGAGGCUACCGCAGAGAGCUGCUGAUUCUGGGCAUGUCUAUAGUCUCCUUCUUCAUAGGACUCAUCAUGUGUACAGAAGGAGGAAUGUACGUCUUCCAGCUGUUUGACUCGUACGCUGCCAGCGGGAUGUGUUUGCUGUUUGUGGCCAUAUUUGAGUCCAUAUGUAUCGGCUGGGUGUACGGUAGUGACAGAUUCUACCAAAAUAUUGAGGAUAUGAUUGGCUACAAACCUGUCUUUUUCAUCAAGUGGUGCUGGAUGAUCCUGACCCCGGGCAUCUGUACUGCAAUUUUCUUGUUCUUCCUGAUUAAAUACAAACCACUGAAGUACAACAACGUGUACACCUAUCCUGACUGGGGCUAUGGUAUCGGCUGGUUCAUGGCCAUGUCUUCGAUGGUCUGCAUCCCUCUGGGAAUGGUCUGGAAGAUCUGGAAGACACCUGGCACUUUCUCUGAGAGAAUGAAAAAGUUGACGACUCCCAGCCCGGACCUGAAAAUGAGAGGGAAGCUCAACGCCCUCAGUCCUUACGCUGCCAAUGAUGCCAAACUUAAGGUUGAUGGGAAAAUAUCCACCAUCUCAGAGAAAGAGACGCAUUUCUAACCGACCGCAUGACUGACGGACCAAGCUGCCUGCCUUCUACACAAUAAGUACAACAAAUGAAAACUACCGAAAACAACAACAACAUCAUCCAUCACUAAACAAAACAGGAAAUGAAACAAAUGACUCGGAGUGUUAUUUUUGUUUUGUAAAAAAAAAAGAAAAAAAAAAGGAAAAGCUAUCACAUGAUUCGUAGUCUGCUUCUGUUUCGCACAAACUUUGAUAACACAUUUGUUUUUGUUUUUUCAGUUAACAUUGUGACUAAAGAAGCUGUUUCUUUCUUUUCUAACCAUUAAUAUUAAAAAUCAUUUUGAUGACAAUUUAUGGUUAAAACUUGUCCUGGUACCUUGUCGGCACUGGUCACACUCGUGUCUGGGCCUGUAGAACAAUACCAAUGUGCUGUGUUGUAAAAUACUUACACUGUGCAUUUAUUGACAACGUGCUGUGCCUCUUUAUUAGGUACGAGGUACCCAAAUGUGAGUAGCAGCUUGGGGACCAUUCUACAUAGUUUUGUGUGUUCAGAGGAUUGCAGUGUGUGUUGGUUGUGAGACUAUAGGACGGUAAUACCAUAAUAACCCCUGCAAGUAACUUUGAGUUCUUUAAGGAAUUUUGCUUUUGAAAUAUUGGACGUUAUCCGAACCAGCUGCGACCGUGAGGGUUUUCAGGCCUUCGGUGAUUCUUAUUUUCUUGAAUCAAUGCUGUUGCUAAGCAACAUAAGAUAACAAAUCUGCUUACUGGAUGUUAUUGAAUAAUAUUAUUAGGCUAUUGAUCAUCACGUUAGGAUUUAUUAUGUCCUUGAGGGCUUCACAUCUCUUGUUUUGAGUUACAAAUCUUCCCAUGGCUACAAAUAGUGAGUGACUCGCAGGCUGAGUCUAAAAACACACCUCUCUCCCCUCUAGCUGCCCUCUUAUAAGUCUUCAUUUCACAGCAAUUAUGCUGAGCCUAACACAGAGUGACAGACGUGUUUCCACCCCUGCAUUUUUAUUUCCUCUUCCGCCUGUAAAAGAGAAGAUGAAGGCCAUCAGAUGAGCAUUUCAAAACCCAUCUGUCUUCUUAUCUCCCCCUCUUUUUAUUCUUUCCCCUUGUCCCCUUUUCUCUUUUCUCCCGCUGUCCGUUCUCAUCCUCAUCCUCAGCCCCUUUCAAUGUUUUCCCACUUCUUUGGCUUCUCUUCAUCACGUGGAGGGCUUGAGCAAUGACUCGGGCCUUGUAUGAAACUGUGAUGCUGCUGAUUGCUUUGUAUUUCGUCUUAGACGUAUGCAUCGGCGAUUGUAUUGCUAUCAAUUGAGGUUUCUGUGACCUUUCUUUCUUCAAAAAAAAAUACAUCUUUUAAUGUUGCUGUCUGAGCCACUGCAGGCGUGAACACACAGUCUGCUCCUGUCAUCCAUUUAAUUGCGUUGAGAGUCAAUGAGCUGGUCUCAUUGUUCGGAUCAAUCUCAGUCCAUUACAGCCUCAUCCAGCCAGCACUCGAAUGACUCCGAGUUGUCCUACUUCCCUUCCUUGCUUUGUCCGACUUUCUCACCUCCCGUCCUCUCUUCCCUCUGUCCUUUGUUUCCUGAUGAAAAUGCAAUCAGAGGAGAGCAUCUGAGGGGAUGGAACUCACAUUUCUCUCUUUACAGUUUUUCAGGAGGAGGCAAAGAAAGCAGGGCAAGAAAUUAGGAAUUGAUGAGCUGAGGAAGUGUGUGAUUGAGUAAGUAACUAGGGAAAUUGAGGAAGUGUUAGGAGACUGAAGCCCCUCCUGUCUAAGCUGUGACAUCCUCUUAAACAUGUGAUUGGUCCCGCUGGUGUGGUUGCAUUAUCACAGUAUCACCUCCUCACUGAUGUUUGUGCAAGUUAAUAGUUGUAUGCAUCGGAAAUUGUAGCCUGCUGUUUAACACUGAUCAUGUUGAUGCAUAUUUUUACAUCUCUUUCUAGAAAUGUGUGGUCUAUUUCUUGACAUGAAAGAUGUUUUAAAAGAAUUGCUAUAUUAAAAAGAGUAUGACUUUUGUUUUGACUUUUGAUAUGUCGCUCAAAUUAUCUUGUUAUAGAAAUAUAAUGAAGGGUGUUUUACUGUUCUGUACUGUUCAACACACAUUUUGGUAUUCACAGGACACAUGAACUGUCUGCUUACUCAUUUUUAAGAAUAAAUAUUAUAAAGGAAAAGGGAGUGUAAAGGCUCUGGUAUUUCUAUGUCAUGUAAUCUCACAGUUCAGUAUCGCAGUUAGCCUUUAAAAGGAUAAGGAUUAGAUAUUGACAUUUCCUUCUUACAGUGCUUUGAAAGAGUUUCAAUGCCUCUAUUUGUCAUGUGGCUUUUCAGAUAAAAUGAGGAUAAGAUAAGAUGGCAUUUUACCAAAUCCAAUACAGUGACUGGAUCAUUGACAGACACAUACAGUAAUUAUGGAGCAGAAAAAUAUAAGAAACAAUUUAUUUGCAUAUUUCUAAUCAAAAUUUGCAUAACCAUGUCAAGGACUAAAUUAAAUAUUUGAAAAAUAAUGAUUCAAUAUGAAACGUCUGUUUUUGUCAAUUUACAUAUUCAAUUUAUUAUAAAUGUAAUAUGAGAAUAAGAAAUCGAUGACUAAAAGGCCUAAUGGUCUCAAGGACAUAUUGUCACUGCAAAGGCAAUGUUUAAAUUAAAAACAUUAAAAACCCAACACAGCUAUAAUCCACCCACACAGGGGUUUUCACUUAAUCACUUAUAUCUCAGGACUGUGUGGGUGUGUACAAACUGGGCUUCAUUGACAUCACCCUCACUCUCACGUUGACUUUGUUGCACCUGUGAAGGCAGGACCUUUUUCCUUGUUAUUAGCACAAAGAGUUUUGGGACAUUACAAAAUUCCCAUCAUAGCUCCACUCUACUUCCACCUGACUAGAGAUCUAAUCAGCCACAGUCACAGUAGUAAACCCAGGUGUGAUAAUCAAAUUAAGGACGCCUGGAUUCAAUUUAGAUUUGCUUUGGUUCAGGGUCCAGUGUUGUGCAUGCUGUCCCACUUUCAUGGUUUACUGGGACCCUUGAAUAAAACAGCCAUUUCUAAUGUUAUUAAUAACACCUGUCCUGUGCUGUGAAAAAGAUCUGUUGAAAACGCACACAUGUAGCUAAGUAGAGACAGGAAUAUGCAACCUCAAAAAAUAAUCCACAUGGAGUCUGGUGUCUCCGUUUGGUAAACCUUGUGAACUUUGUUGCAUGUCAUGAACCCUUUUUCUCUGUUUUUCUUUCUCCUGCAUUUCUGUAUCUGUUUGCCACCACUGUGUUUGUUGUUCUUUAUCGUUUUCACUGUUUCAUAAGCUGCUACAGAGGCCUCUGACAUCUUGAUUACAGCCUCCAGGCAGGGCAGGCUAUAUCUAUUAAUACAAUAAUAUAAAUAUAAUAUAAGGUAACUGUCUAAGAAACAACAUCUGUUCUUUCUAUUUUAUGAUUGUAUGACCUCCACAUGACUGUAGUCCUGAUUUGAUGAAAUCCUUUCCCAGUGGGUGUGUGUUUCCGUGUGUGUAUUGAGCAUGCUUUGUGUUUCUGUGUGUGCGUGCGCAGUCAUGCGCAUACAUCCAACUGUCACACUUCAGAAAUUAGCUUUACUUUCUUUGACUCGGAGGAGACUACUUCACUUGAUCCGGUAGAUGAUGAGAAGUAAAUCUUCUUUUGUUGUUGUGUGACGUUGCCGCUGCACCAACACUUCUGAGAACACUUUAUGAGCUGAAACAAGUUUCUGGACGCUUCAGCCAAGCAAAACUCAUUCAGAGAGUAAUGUGAAGGGUAAAUGGCUGUCAGCUGGGAAAAUUGGGCUCUCUCAAAUGCUGUAAAAUGUCAUCUUGCUGUUCUCAGUUUUUCUUUUUGGAGAUAAGCUUUUAUCUAAAAUCUUGAUCUUGAACACUGCUGUUGGCUGACAGGCACAUACAUUAUGAAUAAAAUGUCCCAAUAGG